UGGUGAUUCUGUAGAGAGCGGCAGCGAGAAGAAGAGAGAGGAAUUCACUCUGUAAUGUGUGUACGGCUGUGCAUGCAGCCAGAGAAAAGAGACUGAGAACGAAGGGAAGGAAAUCUGAAGAAAGUGGGGAUAGAUUUGAAGCACAAAACAAGUAAAAGCCAAGGAGGGACACGGACCGGAGACGAAACAAACCGCUGCAAUUGACAAUCAACCAAAAGAUUGCUAAUUAUUUCCGUUAUUGACGCGUAAACUAGGCUAUUUCUAGGGGAAUUGAUGGUGUCUCUGCAGAGCAGAAGUCUAACGGACCUUGCCGAGGGGAGGAAUUCGAAUGCACUCGGCUGAAUCAUGCUGAUGUUGUUGUGGAUAAUAACUUUGGGUAUCAGUUUUGACAAAGUGUGGACUGUGAGGUUCUCUCAGGAGCCAGCAGACCAGUCUGUUGUUCUGGGGGGGCGGGUGGUUCUGUCCUGUGUCGUCUUCAACUACAGCGGCAUCGUACAGUGGACCAAGGAUGGACUAGCACUGGGCAUCGGAGAGGGCCUCAAGGCCUGGCCCAGGUACCGUGUGCUGCGGGUGAUAGACGUGGGCCAGUACAACCUGGAGAUCUCUACUGCUGCCCUGUCUGAUGACUCCCUGUAUGAGUGCCAGGCCACGGAGGCUGCCCUGCGCUCCCGGAGAGCCAAACUCACCAUCCUCAUUCCUCCUGAUGACCCAGUGAUCGAGGGCUUUCCAGAGAUCCUGCUGAGAGCCAAUGCCUCGUACAACCUGAGCUGUGUGUCCCGCGGGGCCAAGCCACUGGCCCUCAUCGAGUGGCAGCGGGAUGGGGUGGCCCUGGAGGGAGCCUUUAGUUCCACCGAGGUUCUCCCAGACAGAAAGAGAGUGACGACCCGGAGCCUCCUACCCAUCAUCCCAGAGGACAAAGACACGGGACGCAACUUUACCUGUGUGGCCAGCAACCGGGCUGUCCCCAUGGGAAAACGCACCACCGUCACCCUCAACGUCCACCACCCCCCCAAGGUGAAUCUCUCCAUGGAGCCACAGUCUGUUUUGGAGGGAGAGAGAGUCACCUUCUCCUGCCAGGCCACCGCCAACCCCCCCAUCAUGGGCAUCCGGUGGGCGAAGGGUGGUGUUCUCCUGGAGGGGAUGAGAGACAGUGUGUUUGUGACUACAGCAGACCAUUCCUUCCACACCGAGCCUGUCUCCUGCUCAGUCUUUAACGCUGUGGGACACACCAACCUCAGCAUCCUGGUCAACGUACACUAUGGUCCUAUCCUGAAGGGGGCGCCCACUCCGAUUACGGUGGACAUGGACUCUGACGCCAAACUCAACUGCAAGUGGACCGGGAACCCUCCUCUUACACUCACCUGGACCAAGAAGGGCUCUAGCAUGGUCCUCAGUAACAACGAGGAGCUGGUCCUGAAGUCAGUGAGCCAGGUGGAUGCGGGGCAGUACGUGUGUAAGGCCAUCGUCCCCAGGAUCGGAGUGGGAGAGACUGAGGUCACUCUUACAGUCAACGGCCCUCCCAUCAUCUCCAGCGAACCAGUCCAGUACGCAAUGAGAGGGGAGAGAGGGGAGGUCAAGUGCUACAUUGCCAGCACCCCUCCACCUGACAAGAUUGUGUGGGCGUGGAAGGAGAACGUGUGGGAGAAGGAGAAGGGGACUCUGUUGGAGAGGUACACGGUGGAGCAGAGUAAACCUCACUCCCAGGGAGGAGCUGUUCUCUCCACCCUCACCAUCAACAACGUCAUGGAGUCUGACUUCCACUCUCCGUACAACUGCACCGCCUGGAACUCCUUCGGACCCGGGACCAUGAUCAUCACCCUGGAGGAGAAAGAGAUAGUACCAGUGGGGAUUAUAGCUGGUGGAACAGUUGGAUCCUCCAUCCUGCUCCUGAUCUUUCUCCUGGCUCUAGCCUUCUACCUCUACCGCCAACGGAAAGGCAGUCGUCGUGGGGUCACUCUGGGGAAGCCGGACAUCAAGGUGGAGACAGUCAACAAGGAGACACAUAGUCUGGAGGAGGAAUCGGGCAGUGUUUCCACGGCAACGCGCAUGGUCAAGGCCAUGUAUUCCUUUCUACCCUCUGUCUCCCUCUCUCCCUCCACUCAGCCAUUCAAAGACGAUAUGGAUCUGAAGCAGGACCUGCGCAGUGAGCUCGAUACCCGUGAGGAAUACGAACUCAAGGACCCAACGAACGGCUACUAUAACGUCCGUGCGACCACCCACGACGAGGCCAGGCCGUCCUCCCGCUCCAUACUGUACCAGGGAGAGUUCCGGACCUCCAACCCUCCAGGGGGAGCUACAGGUGCUACCUCCAGUGGCCCAGCAGGGGGUCCCGGAGGGGCGGUGGCUGCAGGAGCGGUCCCAGGAGUCCCAGGGUCAAGGGCAGGGUGCUAUGACCCCAGACCUCCAUCCAGGAUGUCUCACACCAACUACCCCCAGUUCAACACCUUCACCAGGGCGGGCCCGAGCCAAGUCCCGCCCAACACCAACCACCCCGCCCACCCCUCCCACCCCUCCCACCCCGCCCAUCCUGCCUCACAGACCACCGACUUCCCCGGAGACUGCGGACUAUUGGACAACAACAGUCAGCUGACCUAUGACAACUAUGGCUAUCCCGCCCAGUACCCUACCUAUCGGGUGGGCUUUGCCCCGCCCCUGGAAGGAGGGCCGGCCUAUGAGGUCUACCCAACUGGACAAGGGGUGGGACCAGGGCCAGUGCAAGGACCAGUCCAAGGCCAAGGCCCAUGUCCGGGUCCUGAAACUGUGCUGGGAAAUUAUGGGACCACCCGCUUCUCUUACACUUCUCCUCCUAGUACUGACUACUCUCCUCCUGGUACUGACUACUCUCCUCCUGCUACUGACUACUCUCCUCCUGCUACCGACUACUCUCCUCCUGGUACUGAGUACAACCAGAGACACACUCAGAGGAUGCAGACACACGUGUGAGAGAGAUGGAUUCUGUAAUACAUAGUGAUACUUGUUUUCAUACAUGCGUACAUACAUAUAAACACAGCCACACACAAACACACACACACACACACUUGUUGGAGAGAUACAUUUAUUCUCUCUAAGCUUUCUUUAUCGCAUACAUACACACACAAACAAACGCCAACAAUCUGACACAGUCUCUCUCAAUAUUCAGCUCCAAGAGGGGAGACAUGACAAAAGAAAGAGAGGCUGAAAGUUCUUUUCUUAAACUAGGUGGAGAUUCAGCAGAGUUUGAUUACUUACAUGCUAAUUGACAGCGUCCAGAUCCAUCUCUUCUCUAUUAGACUCUCCACCCCUCUCUCUUUCCUCUCACACAAUCUCUGUAUAUAAUAUCAGUGGGGUAGAUCAUUUUAACCUUAGUAUAACCUUGUAUAAACGUACUGUGUACAGAUACAGCUGCUGAACUUUUCUCCUUAUUAUACACCCUCUUACACUCCUUUAAAUUCACAGGAACACACACACACACCCUCUUACACUCCUUUAAAUUCACAGAAACACACACACACCCUCUUACAUGCCUUUAAAUUCACAGGAACACACACCCACACCCUCUUACACUCCUUUAAAUUCACAGAAACACACACACACACCCACACCCUCUUACACUCUGUUAAAUUCACAGAAACACACACUUACAUGCCUUUAAAUUCACAAAAACACACACACACACCCUCUUACACCCCUUUAAAUUCACAGAAACACACACACACACACACCCUCUUACACUCUGUUAAAUUCACAGAAACACACACACACACACACCCUCUUACACUCCGUUAAAUUCACAGAAACACACACACACACACACACACACCCUCUUACAUGCCUUUAAAUUCACAGAAACACACAAACACACACACACCCUGUUACACGUUGAAAGAGACAGUGUUGCGUCCCAGAGGUGCUCAGGCAAGGCGACAGCUUGUUCUCUGUAUGUGGAGCUCUUUUUAACAUGCUUCUUCUCCAUGCCGCCACAAACUGCUCCGCCGACAUGGCCGUAGGGCUUCAAGAAGUGAAUGAAAGGGAAAUAUGGGGGUGUCUCCCAAAUUUCACCAUAUUCCCUAUGUAGUGCACUACUUUUGACUAAGGCUCAUAGGGCUCUGGUUAAAACUAGUGCACUAUAUAGGGAAUAGGGUGUCAUUUGGGACAUAAACAAAGGCAUCAUGGCAUAACAGCCAUUACACCAAUAUGGCGAUUUGACAUCUGACAAGAUAGAGGAAGAAUGACCUUGUGCUUGACACCUAGAAGGUACAGUGAGGUACGUCUCUCCAUGGUAACAGUGAGGUACCUCUCUCCAUGGUAACAGUGAGGUGUAUGUGUGGACUGUAUGGACAAUGAAAUAGGGUUUUGUAUACAGUAUACCACUUACAGUAUGUUGAGCAACCUAUAGGGGAAGAACAGAGCUGUAGCAGGCUUCUUCAAAUGCUUCUCCCUCCUCCUCUGUAUUUUCUAUCUCAUCGCAGUACAUAUCUACCCCACAGAGCUGUAGUAGCAGGCUUCUUCAAAUGCUUCUCCCUCCUCCUCUGUAUUUUCUAUCUCAUCGCAGUACAUAUCUACCCCACAUUUCACUCAUCUGAGGUCAAUAUGAUGUGUUUGGGAAGCGGGGGAAAGAGCUUUUGUAAUAAAAUGAAUCUUUACAUUUUGUACAAAUUC